UCGCCCCGCAUGUAGCAGCAGCCGCAAUCAGUCGGUCUUUCAGCUUUAUUAUCAGCCGGUCUGUACCGCCGCUGCUAGGAUCCGGUUUGCGUCUGAUGAGAGCGGGGGGUGAGGCUGGGAGGAGGCUUUCUGAGGCAGCUCUCUCCCCCGCUGCCUGGCUGGAGUGGACCCCUCCCUCCUCCUCCAUGUUGGAUCCAUCCACAGAUCCCAGCCCGCUGCUGGACCUCCCGCAUCAAAGUUGCGUGUUUAUCCACCUGCGGACAUUCGCAGACUGCGUAGCUGGAUAUUUUCACCGGGCGGAGAAGAAAAGGAGCUUUUCCUGAAGCAGGAAGUUUCCUGGAAUCCAGCAGCCUUCCCUGCUCGCUCCUCCUGAGCGGAGAUGGUCGCAGGCCACAGCCGCCGGAGCCCGCAUGGAUGUCUGUCCUGAGGAGGGACGCUUAAGACCAGGUCCUCCCGAAACGCGCCUCUCCCGGGGAACCGGAUCAAGUUCGGAGCCAUGAACAGCCACCCUCCGCCCCGCAGGGCUGGGAACGUGGGCUCCCUGCUCCUCACCCCGCAGGAGAACGACUGUCUGUUCGGCUACCUGGGCAGAAAAUGCGCUACGCUGUGUUCGGCCGUGGUGCAGGUGUACCGGGCCGAGCGGAGCGGCUGCUGGAUGAAGAGGUGCUGCGGGGUGGUCUGCCUGGUCAAAGACAAUCCUCAGAGGUCCUAUUUCAUCAGGGUGUUCGACAUCAAGGAAGGAAAAACGAUGUUUGAACAGGAGCUCUACCACAGCUUCUUCAUCAGCAGCCCCAGGCCCUACUUCAUCACUUUUGCAGGAGACAGCUGUCAGGUCGGUCUGAACUUUGCCAGCGAAGAAGAAGCCAAGCGCUUCAGGGUGGCGGUCAACGACCUGCUGAACCGGAGGCAACGGAAAACGGGUCCAGCUCUGCCUAUGGCCACGGUGGACAUCAAGAACCCAGAGAUCACCAGCCUCCGCUUCCAGAACUCCCACAGCCACCAUCAGCCCUACCACCUCAACAACAUGCUGAGCCACAGCGGCCUGGUCCGCAGGGACAAGAAGAGCAAAAGCAAGAAGAAGAAGCUGACCAAGGCUGACAUCGGCACACCCAGCAACUUCCAGCACAUCGGCCACGUGGGCUGGGAUCCAAACACGGGCUUUGAUUUGAACAACCUGGACCCGGAGCUGAAGAACCUGUUUGACAUGUGCGGCAUCUCCGAGGCCCAGCUGAAGGACAGAGAGACGUCCAAAGUCAUCUACGACUUCAUCGAGAAGAAGGGUGGGAUGGAGGCGGUGAAGAACGAGCUGAGGAGGCAGGCUCCUCCUCCACCUCCUUCCCGGGGUGGUGCCCCCCCUCCCCCUCCUCCUCCUCCACACAGCACAGCCCCACCUCCACCCCCCCCUCCACCGUCCAGAGUGAGCAGAGGAGCACCUCCCCCACCCCCCCCAUCCAGAGCACCUGUUUCAGCUCCCCCCCCCCCUCCUCCCUCCAGACCAGGAGCUCUUGGUGCUCCUCCUCCUCCUCCCCCCUCAAGGGGAGGCCCCCAGCCUCCUCCCCCUCCUCACCAUCACCACCAGCAGUGCCCCCCUCCUCCCCCUCCAUCAUCAUCGUCCGCCCCUCAAGCUCCUCCCCCUCCUCCUCCCAUUCUGCCGCAACCAGCUCCUGCAAGCUCUGCACCAGCAGCCCCCACCCCUCCCCCUCCUGCCCCCCCUCCUCCCCCAGACCUGGAUGGAGUCGGCAGCGGUGAACACUCUCCCAGUUCUCCAAACCCAGGUGGGAAGUCUGCGCUGCUGGAGCAGAUCAGAGGAGGAACCCAGCUGAAGAGGGUGGAACAGAACAACAGAGCUCCGGUGUCGGGUUCUGGACGGGAUGCUCUGCUGGACCAGAUCCGACAGGGAAUCCAGCUCAAGACUGUGUCUGAACAUCCAGAAUCUGGCCCCCCAACACCAGCCCCAGCUGCAGGGAUCGUUGGGGCCCUCAUGGAGGUCAUGCAAAAGAGGAGCAAAGCUAUUCAUUCCUCAGAUGAUGACGAGGAUGAAGAAGAGGAUGAUGACUUUGAGGAUGAUGAAGAGUGGGAUGACUAGUAGAGCCGUCCGCCUUGCUCCCAUGCCUACACUAAAUCUUCCAGACCCUAAAUUCACCCAGAAAUGGAAACGUUUGACUUUCCUCCAUAUUUAUUUUCUUCCAUGUAAUCUGUGCAAUACCUCAGCCGUUCCCUCCACCCAAAACCCUGCUGGGAGGAACUGUCCCGCUCACUGGGAGGCACCUGAAGGCACCACUAACCCGGAGCUGGGACUGGGCCGGCUGCUUUCCUCCUCCACUGAGCAGCAGGGAGGAGGUCGAGCUGCUCCCUGCUUCGGCUGAGCUCAUCUACUCCAUUUCAUCAUCUGUUGUCCGGGCAGGAAAAUCCUUCUCCUCCCGCUUGUUCUUCUUCUUGGCGUCUGACUCAGAGCUCUGACUCUGCGACCAAACUGUGUGGAUCUUUAACUUUCUCAUGUGAUUUAAAGCCGUUUUUGUUUUUUUUGCACAGUUUCUGACGUAGUUUUGUUUUGUGUGUUUUUACGCCGCGGCUGUUAACGUAACCAGACAAUGUUUUUAGUUUCCUCUGGGCGUCUCAGUAAUUUAGAGCUGACAUGAUGACCUUUGUUUUCCCAAACAUUCCUUUCUGUGCAGGAAGUAGCACAGUCAGUCUGUCACACUGUUAAAAGAAGGAAAAAUGUUGUUUCUUUCAGUGAACUAUGAUUUUAUGCAAUGCAAUUGUAAAUGUCCUCCUAUUGCAAAUAUGAGACAAAGCAAAUAAUCCUGAACCAAAUGAGGCAUUUUAAGGAAGCUUGUUGCUUUAGCGAUGCCUGUGAUCGUUUGUCUGCAAACCGUCUGUCCUCCAGCGAGGCCUAAUGCUGCAUCAACAAGCCAAGAUACUGACAGAGAAACCUGUGAAAAGGUUGGGGGGGGUUGAAUUGUAUACCUGAAUAAAUGUUAUUAUUUACAGAGA